AGUCUGUGUGUGGUACUGCGAGUGUUGGAGAAACUGGGCAAACGAGACUGAGCGGCUGGCACGUACGAGCCAAACUUUUCACCAUCAAACCUUUUUAAACAAACGAAUAGGGAUUGGGAGAUUUAACCAACAAAAGGACUUAAGCGAAUCUUUGAAGGGGAAAACAUUCUCGAAGCGAUUGUAGGCGCUGCUUUUUAAGGGGUGGGAUUGUACGUAGCACAGACAGCCACCGAUUCCCAACCAGCGCCUGUGGUCGCGAGCGGAGGACUUCCGUGCGAGGAUUUUUCGCUGUAUUUACAUUCGCGGAAAGGGGUUUUACGGAGACAAAAGCACACGAGCAGCUGAACGCUUGACACGUAUUGGAGAUAAUGAGCCAACGCGCCGUGUUUUUGCCCCGCUCCUCGGCUGUGUGAAGGAUAAGGGGGUUAAAUCGGAGGAGAAGCGCGUGGAUCGGACUGGGCUUUGUGUGUCCGCAGGAGCAGGGAGUGGUGACGGACGCGCGCUCGCUCAUCUACUCGGAUUACUGGAGUGCACCACAUCUCCUGAAUCCUCACCUCAGAAGGGAUACAGUCAAGAUGUAUCCGCAGGGCCGGCAUCCGGCACCUCACCAGCCUGGUCAGCCAGGCUUCAAAUUCACUGUAGCAGAAUCUUGUGACAGGAUCAAAGACGAAUUUCAAUUCCUUCAAGCUCAGUACCACAGUCUUAAAGUGGAGUAUGACAAACUGGCCAAUGAGAAGACAGAGAUGCAGCGACACUAUGUCAUGUACUAUGAGAUGUCCUAUGGGCUGAACAUUGAAAUGCAUAAGCAGACUGAGAUUGCCAAACGGCUAAAUGCAAUUCUUGCUCAAAUUAUGCCUUUUUUGUCACAAGAGCACCAACAGCAGGUCGCACAGGCUGUUGAACGUGCUAAGCAAGUGACAAUGACAGAGUUGAAUGCCAUCAUCGGGGUACGUGGACUUCCCAAUCUGCCUCUCACCGUUUUUGAAGAGAGACAUGUUCGGGUUUAUAAACAGCAGUCUCAUGCCGUCUACCCUGCUCUGAUGCAGCAGCAGCUCCAGGCUCAGCACCUUUCCCAUGCUGCCCACGGACCCCCAGUCCAGUUGCCACCUCACCCCUCAGGGCUUCAGCCCCCUAGCAUCCCUCCAGUCACGGGCUCCGUGUCAGGCCUGCUGGCUGUCGGAGCUCUGGGCAGCCAGGCACACCUGCCAGUCAAAGAUGAGAAGAACCACCAUGACCUGGAACACAGAGAGCGGGAGUCCAGCACGCAGAAUAAUUCUGUAUCACCGUCAGACAGCCUGAGGGCCAGUGAGAAACACAGAGGUUCAUCUGAAUACAGUCUGGACUCAAAAAAACGCAGAGUAGAGGAAAAAGACAACAUGAGCCGAUAUGACAGUGAUGGUGACAAAAGCGAUGAUUUGGUCGUGGAUGUGUCUAAUGAGGAUCCAGCCACCCCAAGGGUCAGCCCGUCUCACUCUCCCCCUGAGAACGGACUUGAUAAGGCCAGAGCACUGAAGAAAGAUGCUCCCAACAGCCCAGCCUCUGUGGCCUCCUCUGGGAGCACCCCCUCUUCGAAAGUGAAGGACCACCCACAUAACGACAAGUCCUCCACCCCGGGUUUGAAGUCCAACACCCCCACUCCACGCAAUGACGCUCCCACCCCAGGAACCAGCAACACCCCUGGGCUCAGGCCCAUACUUGGCAAGCCACCUGGCAUUGAAGCACUUGCAGCACCAGCCCUACGGACACCAUUGUCGAUUGCGGCACCAUACGGGGCUCCAUUUGCGAUGAUGGGUCACCACCCAGAGAUGAACGGCUCAUUGACUAGUCCAGGAGUUUACCCUGGCCUGCACAUCUCCCCUCAGAUGAGCGUCGCUGCUGCUGCCGCCUAUGGACGCUCACCUAUGGCGGGUUUUGAUCCUCAUCCCCACAUGCGUGCUCCGGGUCUGCCAGCAAGUCUUACCUCUAUACCUGGAGGGAAACCGGCCUACUCCUUCCAUGUUAGCGCUGAUGGCCAGAUGCAGCCAGUACCUUUCCCUCCAGAUGCUCUGAUUGGACCAGGAAUACCUCGUCAUGCCCGUCAGAUCAAUACACUCAGCCACGGCGAGGUGGUGUGUGCCGUAACCAUUAGCAACCCCACACGACACGUCUACACUGGCGGCAAGGGCUGUGUGAAGAUCUGGGACAUCAGUCAGCCCGGCAGCAAGAGCCCCGUCUCACAGCUUGACUGCCUGAACCGGGAUAACUACAUCCGCUCCUGUAAGCUUCUUCCGGAUGGCCGUACUCUGAUCGUUGGAGGAGAAGCCAGCACUCUGACCAUAUGGGAUCUGGCCUCACAGACUCCCCGUAUCAAAGCUGAGCUCACCUCUUCUGCCCCGGCCUGCUAUGCGCUGGCGAUCAGCCCUGAUGCCAAGGUCUGCUUCUCCUGCUGCAGUGAUGGAAAUAUUGCUGUUUGGGACCUCCAUAACCAAACCCUUGUCAGGCAGUUCCAGGGCCACACGGAUGGGGCCAGCUGUAUAGAUAUUUCCCAUGAUGGCACCAAAUUGUGGACAGGUGGCCUUGACAACACUGUACGGUCCUGGGACCUGAGAGAGGGACGACAGCUCCAGCAGCAUGACUUUACUUCACAGAUCUUCUCUCUGGGCUACUGUCCGACGGGCGAGUGGCUGGCUGUGGGAAUGGAAAGCAGUAAUGUGGAGGUGCUUCAUCACACCAAGCCUGACAAGUACCAGCUGCACUUGCACGAAAGCUGCGUCCUCUCCCUCAAAUUUGCCUACUGUGGUAAAUGGUUUGUGAGCACUGGGAAGGACAAUCUCUUGAAUGCCUGGAGGACUCCCUAUGGUGCCAGCAUUUUCCAGUCAAAGGAGUCGUCCUCUGUCCUGAGCUGUGACAUCUCGGCAGAUGAUAAAUACAUUGUGACGGGAUCUGGAGACAAGAAGGCCACUGUGUAUGAAGUGAUAUACUAAACUUACAGACCUACAACUUUAGCUUCACCAGAUUGAGAGACCUACAAAUGGAGCUUCUCUUUAGGCCUGAUUUUGAAUGGAUUCAAGGGGUCGCUCCUCCUACUUUUCCUAAACGAUCUCUAUAGCAGGAACCCAGGUUAGGGUUCUUUUUCCAGAUCGGAACCAGAUGUUUGUUUGUUUUUUUUUCCAUGCACACCCAGACUCUUACAGCAGUGGAGCAGUCCAAAUCAGAUCCGACUGGAAAUAUUAAACAAAUGUCCUAAGGUCUCCCUGAAGGCACUAAUAUAGUAAAUACUGUCUUGCCAUUGCUUUUGGUCUGCUCAUGGGAUUGUGUGUGCCUAUUUCUCACUGGUAUCCCCCCCCCCUCGUUUAUCAGAAGUGAACGAUCUGUGAUGUAAUAUGAAGCAGUGCUUCAAUUUUAGCCUCCUGCUCCCUGGACAGUUUGUUAAAAAGUGUAUAUAUGGAGUAAUAAAGACAUUUUAUAAAUAUAUAUAAUUAUAUAUAUUUCCAUGUCCUGAUAUACUUGUGAUGGGUUCCUUUGUCCUCAUGUCCUUAAUGCUUGAUGAAUGUAGAUUAGGACACACUUUAUUUUUCAAAUUUGAUUUUGUAAGCACACUCUCUGGACUGGCCAUUUGCUGAAAGUCAGGAAUGGCUUGCGUGGAAAAACCUUCCUGUUUCAGAAUAAUCUUCUGAGACUUUCUCCAUGUUUAGUAAUUCUUUUCAUUUUUGAGCAUAUGUGCUUGUUCAUGGAAAUGGGAUCAGACUGGAAUCCUACGGAAGUCAGAAUACGACAGAAAUCCUUCAGCUAAAUGCAAGAAAACAGCCCAGAGGACAGUGAGGAGUCGUUUGUUAAUUGACAGCGACAAUAAACUUGGAUAAUAACUAACUACUACUUGUCUGUGUCCUUGGCCUUGUGUGGCAUCUUGUUGAAAGGAGGAAUUCAGAUAACAAAGUGUGAUUAUAACAUGCUGAUUCGGCAUGGAGAUUGUACGCCAUAAUGAGUAACUUGCCAACUGAUCCCACAAGCAGCCCUGCUAUAGGUUGCUGUUGUUGGAACGGGAUAUGACACCCCGAUGAUUUACAGCUGAAUUCUACUGUAGAGAGCCUCACCUUAAUAAGCCUGCAGCCCUGUUUACGGGCCUUGUCCCAGAUAUAUGUAAACCCCUUUUGUGAGUGAUCUGAGACUAAUGGGGGUUUGUUUCUGUGCAAGUUGAGGCAGUUUUCUGAUUAAUAUAUUUAUGGCCUGCACUUGACUUUAGUGAUGUGGAAGCACAGUGCUCAGAGAGAGGGAAGAGAGCAGCUGGUUUAACUUAAUCCAGGCUAACUUUUUGUGUGUAAAUCUGGACUGUUUUAACUGUUUGAACUGGACUGGCACCUGUGCUUCAUGGGCCCACAGCAGAACCCAUGUCAUGGCAAACACUGUCUUCAAUACAGCCUUCCUUUCACAAUUUCUCAACUUCACACCAAAGUAUGUAGCAAACUGUGUCAGCACUGAUCAUGUACAGUUGUUAAUAAUUCAAUAAACUUUUUUUGUAGAAAAAU